AUGUUAAGAAAGCAAGCUCGUGAAAGAAGAGAAUACCUUUACCGUAAAGCUCAAGAACUACAAGAAUCUCAGCUGCAUCAAAAGAGGCAAAUAAUCAAACAAGCUUUAGCACAGGGGAAACCUCUACCGAAGGAACUAGCUGAAGAUGAGGAACUUCAGAAGGACUUCCGCUACGAUCAAUCCCGUAACGAAGAUGAAAUACAGAUCGAUGACGAAUAUGCCACGACUUCAGGUUUAGUGGAGCCCAGGAUCAUAGUUACCACUUCUAGAGACCCAAGUACGAGAUUAUCGCAGUUCGCUAAGGAAAUCAAACUGUUGUUUCCUCAAGCAGUAAGAUUGAAUAGAGGUAAUUAUGUGAUGCCUAACUUGGUUAGUGCGUGUAUUAAAUCAGGAACGUCCGAUUUGGUGGUAUUACAUGAACAUAGAGGUGUCCCCACUUCAUUAACGAUUUCACAUUUCCCUCAUGGACCCACUGCGUAUUUCAGUUUGCAUAAUGUUGUGUUGAGACAUGAUAUCUUGAAUAGUGGGAAUCAAAGUGAGGUUAAUCCACAUUUAAUAUUUGAUAAUUUUACUACUGAAUUGGGGCAAAGAGUGGUGACGAUAUUACAACAUUUGUUCUCUCCAGGGCCUAAGAAGGAUGCUGCUAGAGUAAUUACAUUUGCUAAUAGAGGAGAUUUCAUAAGUGUGAGACAGCAUGUAUAUGUGAAGACUAGAGAUGGUGUUGAAUUAGCUGAAGUAGGGCCCAGGUUUGAAAUGAGAUUAUUUGAAUUAAGGUUAGGUACUUUGGAGAAUAAAGAUGCAGAUGUGGAAUGGCAAUUGAGAAGGUUUGUAAGAACUGCAAGUAGAAAGGAUUAUUUGUGA